AUGUGUCUUCAGUGGAAGUGGUGAUAUCCCCGACUGAACGGUUCUGCAUUGUUCCCAUGACCUUCCCACAGCGGACUCUAAUAUUUUGAAAUUUACAGUAACUUUUAUCUCAGAGUAACCUCCAUUUACCUCAUUCUACAGUUCUCCCGCCUCACUGCAUUUUCUCCAGACUAAAUGGCUAAGUCUAGAGUGAAUGAGAAAAUUUUAAGAUCGCAUGCAUUUAUCCAACAAAACUGAAGAAAUUCUAUGUGACAAGCGCUGUAGUAGGUGCAGAAAAUUCUAUGGAGAGCAAGAGCAGAUAUCAUCACUAUUCUGAUAGACCUUUUGGUCCCUCAGAGAGGAGAGAAGACAAUCAUACAUGUGACUAAUGUUACAGCUAAGUCCUGGGAAGGGAAGUUUGUGUGUUUUUUUGCCAGCAUAUAUAAUGGGAAUGUGAUCUAGAAUGCACUGUCAAAGACUCUUGAGAAAGCUGUGUUGGAGCUAAGAGUUGAUGUCAUUUUUAUAAGAGCUACCACAACACAUUCCCUAAUAUAACUCUUGCAAGAACUUUCUGAGGUGCUGAAAUGGCUUGGAAACUCUUGAGAUGGGAUGGCAGAAUUCCAUUGCCCUAACCAUAGGAUCCUAUGCCCCUGUAGGACUAAACACAGACUAGUCAACAGCUGCUGCAGCACGAGCCAUACCCCUGUUACCCCUAACUAUCACCUUCCCUGGCCCCCUUCCCAGGGCUUGCUGGUAGCCCCUCCUCCCUGCACUUUCCCAAAGGUCAAGAGACAGAGGGCAAUGCCAGGAAGCUGGUGAAGGCUCUCCUCUCCUCCACCAUGGUUGACAGCAUCAAAUAUGAAGUGGCCUCCCAGCAAGAGGCUGAUGAUUCUCCUUUGGGCCAUGGGGCCAGCCCAGGAGCCCAGCAGAUAAAGCUGAAGAAGGAGAUCUCACUACUUAAUGGCGUGUGCCUUAUUGUGGGGAACAUGAUUGGUUCUGGAAUCUUUGUCUCCCCCAAAGGUGUGCUCAUGUACAGUGCCUCCUUUGGCCUCUCCCUGGUCAUCUGGGCUGUUGGGGGCCUCUUCUCUGUCUUUGGGGCCCUUUGUUAUGCGGAAUUGGGCACCACCAUUAAGAAAUCUGGGGCCAGCUACGCCUACAUUCUGGAAGCCUUCGGGGGACUACUUGCCUUCAUCCGCCUCUGGACUUCCCUGCUCAUCAUUGAACCCACCAGCCAGGCCAUCAUUGCCAUCACCUUUGCCAACUACAUGGUGCAACCUCUCUUCCCCAGCUGCAAUGCUCCCUAUGCCGCUGGCCGCCUGCUGGCGGCUGCCUGCAUCUGUCUCUUAACCUUCGUUAACUGUGCCUAUGUCAAGUGGGGAACCCUGGUACAAGAUAUUUUCACCUAUGCUAAAGUAUCAGCACUGAUUGCGGUCAUCAUUGCAGGCAUUGUUAAACUUGGCCAGGGAGCCACGACUAACUUGGAGAAUUCCUUUAAGGGUUCAUCAUUUGUAAUGGGUGACAUUGCCCUGGCACUGUACUCAGCUCUGUUCUCCUACUCAGGCUGGGAUACCCUCAACUAUGUCACUGAAGAGCUCAAGAAUCCUGAGAGGAAUCUGCCCCUCUCCAUUGGCAUUUCCAUGCCUCUUGUCACCAUCAUCUACAUCUUGACCAAUGUGGCCUAUUACACCGUGCUAAAUAUGAGAGACAUCUUGGCCAGUGAUGCUGUUGCCGUGACUUUUGCAGACCAGAUUUUUGGAAUAUUUAACUGGACAAUCCCACUGGCAGUUGCCUUAUCCUGUUUUGGUGGCCUCAAUGCCUCCAUUGUGGCUGCUUCUCGGCUUUUCUUUGUGGGCUCAAGAGAAGGCCAUCUCCCUGAUGCCAUCUGCAUGAUUCAUGUUGAGAGGUUCACGCCAGUGCCUUCUCUGCUUUUCAACGGUAUCAUGGCACUGAUCUACUUGUGUGUAGAGGACAUCUUCCAGCUCAUUAACUACUACAGCUUCAGCUACUGGUUCUUUGUGGGACUUUCUAUUGUGGGUCAGCUCUAUCUACGCUGGAAGGAGCCUGAUCGACCUCGUCCCCUCAAGCUCAGCAUUUUCUUCCCCAUUGUCUUCUGCCUCUGUACCGUCUUCCUGGUGGCUGUUCCACUUUACAGUGAUACAAUCAACUCCCUCAUCGGCAUUGGCAUUGCCCUCUCGGGCUUGCCCUUUUACUUUCUUAUCAUCAGAGUGCCGGAAGACAAACGACCUCUUUGCCUCCGAAGAACUUUGGCAUCUGCCACAUGGUACCUCCAGGUCCUGUGUAUGUCAGUUGCUGCAGAAAUGGAUUUGGAAGAUGCAGAAAUACCCAAGCAACAAGAUCCUAAAUCUAACUAAAUACUACCUAGAAUCCUGAGAUGUGGAAAGCAGGGGCUAAAGCCAAGGGAGCUGAGAAGUACAGCUCACUUCUUUGGAGGCGACAUUCAGGAGUCUGGUCUAGGCAGCUUCAACCUUUGAACUUGCAUUUUAGAGAUGACAAAGUAAUUUAUUUGUUUUGCUACGUAUUAUUCCAGACUUUGUAAAUGGAUGAUAAAGCAGACUGUAGUGUGGCACUGUUGUUCCAGGAGCACCUCUGGGUGUGACUACCUACUUAUCUUUUCCUUUAAAAGGGCCAACAAUGCUCCAACCUUGUCUCCCUUUAGAGAGAUAUGAAACUGUCAUAGGUGCUGAACAAUAAUAAAAGGGUUAUGUUCCUAAAAGUU